UGAUCCUGCUUCUGGAGGCUUGGGCUUUAGACCCUCUUCCCAGCUCUGCCUACCCUGUUGCUGCCCUGGCAAAACUCGGGCUUCUCAGUGGGGCGACAUUACAGCCGCGGGCCCCCAAACUGAUCGGCAUUUCCCUGGUGCCGGCACUGCUGGUGCUGCAGAAAGGAUGUAUCACUAAGGGACCUCACACUGUUUGAAGAAAGAUAAACUUGAAACUGCUUCACUGAAAACCUUUACUGAAGUCUUACUCCCUGCUCAGGCUCAGCUAUCCCUUGCCUGCAUAUAUAUGACUUACAGAAUUUUUCUCUUCUAAAAUGGAUUCCAGUAAAAAGAUGGACCCCCCUGCUCCAUUGCAAACUGUACAGCAAAAGGCAAAUCCUGAUCGUGGUGCUGGAGUAUCGAUUUAUGUCCCAGAACAAGGGGGAUACAAGGAAAAAUUUGUGAAGCCUGUGGAAGACAAGUAUAAGUGUGAAAAGUGUCACCUUAUUUUAUGUAACCCUAAGCAGACAGAAUGUGGUCACCGAUUCUGUGAGACCUGCAUGCACAUCUUGUUGAGUGCUCCAAGUCCAAAGUGUACAGCAUGUCAAGAAAACAUCAUUAAAGAUAAGGUAUUUAAGGAUAAUUGCUGUAAGAGAGAAAUUCUGGCUCUUCAGAUAUAUUGUAGAAAUGAGAGCAAAGGAUGCACAGAACAGUUAACCCUGGGACAUUUGCUGGUACAUUUAAAAAGUGAUUGCCAAUUUGAAGAACUUUCAUGCAUCCGUACUGACUGCAAAGAAAAAAUCCUGCGAAAAGAUUUACCAGGCCAUGUAGAAAAGUCAUGUAAAUACCGAGAAGCAACAUGUCAGUACUGUAAAAGCCAAGUUCCCAUGAUAACACUGCAGAAACAUGAAGAUACAGAUUGUCCAUGUGUUGUUGUCUCAUGCCCACAUAAAUGUAGUGUUCAGACACUUUUGAGGAGUGAGUUGAAUGCACAUUUGUCAGAAUGUAUUAAUGCCCCAAGUACCUGUAGUUUUAAGCGUUAUGGCUGCACUUUUCAGGGAACAAAUCAGCAAAUUAAGACCCAUGAGGCCAGCUCAGCAGUGCAACAUGUUAAUUUACUGAAAGAAUGGAGUAAUUCUCUAGAGAAAAAGGUUUCUUUGCUGCAGAAUGAAAGUGUAGAAAAAAACAAGAGUAUACAAAGUUUACACAAUCAGAUAUGUAGCUUUGAAAUAGAAAUUGAAAGACAAAAAGAAAUGCUCCGGAAUAAUGAAUCCAAAAUACUUCAUUUACAGCGAGUGAUCGAUAGUCAGGCCGAGAAGCUGAAAGAACUGGACAAAGAGAUACGUCCCUUCCGACAAAACUGGGAGGAGGCGGACAGCAUGAAAAGCAGCGUGGAAUCCCUUCAGAAUCGAGUCACAGAACUGGAGAGUGUGGAUAAAACUGCAGGACAAGUGGCACGAAAUACAGGCUUGCUUGAGACACAGUUAAGCAGACAUGACCAGAUGCUAAGCGUUCAUGAUAUUCGACUGGCUGACAUGGACCUCCGAUUCCAAGUCCUAGAAACCGCCAGCUACAAUGGGGUGUUAAUCUGGAAAAUCCGAGAUUAUAAACGAAGGAAGCAAGAAGCGGUCAUGGGGAAGACCUUGUCACUGUACAGCCAGCCUUUCUAUACUGGCUACUUCGGCUAUAAGAUGUGUGCUAGGGUGUACCUUAAUGGGGAUGGGAUGGGAAAAGGAACUCACUUGUCUUUGUUUUUUGUCAUAAUGCGUGGAGAAUAUGAUGCUUUGCUUCCUUGGCCCUUUAAGCAAAAAGUGACUCUCAUGCUAAUGGAUCAGGGAUCGUCUCGACGCCAUUUAGGAGAUGCUUUCAAACCUGACCCGAACAGCAGUAGUUUCAAGAAACCUACCGGAGAGAUGAACAUUGCGUCUGGUUGCCCUGUCUUUGUGGCCCAAACUGUUCUAGAAAAUGGGACGUAUAUUAAAGAUGAUACUAUUUUUAUUAAAGUCAUAGUGGAUACGUCGGAUCUGCCAGACCCCUGACAAGUAAAUGGGGAAAUGGAUUUAAGCAACAGGUAACCCCACUUAGGGGUUUUGAACCAGUCUGUCUUCAAUGAGGUCCUAAGCUCAGAAGAGGACCUUGUGGAACAGAAGGAAGAGUCUGAAGGCAUAAUUGCAUAGGGUCCAAUGGUGAAGUAGCAACACAUUAAGAAAUCAUACCUUGGUAUAUUUUCUAAUAGAACUAGCAACACUUCAACUCUGAAGAAUUAUUUAUCCUUCAUUGGGAUAAAUAUUACUAUCAGAGGGUUUUAAUUUUUAUUUUUAAAGAUCUAGUUAAUUGAGGUAGAAAGACAUAUAUGCUAAGCAAAAAACAAACAGACAAACAAAACAGAUAUGAUUUUUCUUCCUUAAACUAGAACACCAAAAAAUUCACAUGUGGGGAUAGCUGGAUAUGUCAGCAUGUUAAGUAAAAGAAGAAAUGAUGAAAUGCAGUUCUGAUAUAUUCAUUCAAAAGAAAAGCAAAGUGCAAUCUUGUUUCAAAUACAAUAUACUGUCUAUUUUUAAGGCCUCACCUGGUCUCUGUUUUAAUAAUUUGUUUGUCAGAAGACCCUGAAGUACUAAGUCUCUAAAUUCAGAAUCAUUUUUUGAUUUAAAGUUUUAUUGAUAAUUAUUAACACAAACAUCUUAUUUUAAAAUGUUGAUAGACUGAUA